GAUGACUAAAAGUUGUAAGCUGUGGACAGGAUGCGACAAAUUCUGAUCAUUUUAAUAUUUGGGACAGCCUUCCAAAUGACUAACGUUGUUAGUUCACAAGACCCAACUUGCUCUGAUGAAUUCAAAAGAAUAACCCAGUUUCUGCAGAGCCGGCUUCAAUCAUUCGGCGAAACUUUGAACGAGAGAUUGGCAAGUUUUGAAAACCGACUAACACAAUCGGAAUGCACAAAGAAAUCAACGAUAUACGAUGAACGAUCCCAGAAUUUUAAUUAUGGCUCCCGUGUGAGGAGUAUAAUUGAUGACUUAAUCGAGAUUUACGAUGCGAGGAUGAGGGAAAGUGAGAGUACUUCAGAUACCAGUAAUGAACAAAAUGAGCGCCAAGAAUUGGAAAAGAUCACGGAAAAUCCAAAAAGUAUACAAAAUCGAGUAAAAGACACUUGGAACGACCUUCUCACACUCGGUGGAAUUUCUGAGACUGAAAAUACAGUUCAUUCUGAAUCCAGGAUUCCCGAAAAUAUAAAAUUAAUCUUUAAUAAAUUUAAGGAUCGGCCUAAUACGAAGAGAACAGAAGAAAGUACUACAGACUACACAUAUACUACUGACAGCACCUUUAGUGAUAGAACUGAAGUGGUCUGGAUUCCCUUAGAGAAAUAUCUAGCUUUGAAGAACAGAAAUGUGAUGGAAAGUAAUGAUGAAAGUACUACGACUGACAAUUUUUUAGAUGAUAGUACUACUGAAAUGGCUUGGAUUCCUAAACAAAUGAAUAUGGAUGUCAUGAUUGAGAAAUUUUUAGCUUGGAAAAAGAGAACUAAUGAGGAAAAUAAUGAAGAAAGUACUACGACUGACAACUUUUCAAUUGAUAGUACUACUGAACCGGCCUGGAUACCUAUAAAAAUGAAUAUGGAUGUCAUGAUAGAGAAAUUUUUGGCUUGGAAAAACAGUACUAAAGAGCAAUUUAAUAAAAAAACCUCUUUGAUGGAAAAUAAUGAGGAAAGUACUUCAGAAAAUAUUUUCACUGAAGAUACUGACAGUACUUUUUCUGACGGAAUUUCUCACAACGGCGAAUUGGAAUCAACAGAAGAUGUGUUGACUUACAUUCUAAAUAAAUAUUAUAGCUUGAAAAAGGAUGGCCUUAUUAAAAGCGACACAACUAAAACUGGAUCUGUAAAAGAUUCGCUGAACAGCGUAAUGGAAAACUAUAAAAAGCGGAAGGAAUCAGAAAAACUAACGUAAAAUAAAAAAGGUUUAAGCAUGCAUAAAAUAUAUAAGCUAUGAAAAUAUAAAAAACAAAUAAAAUAAAUCAACCUGUUUUGUCGGUAGCCGAAUAUCGAAAAAUAUUUGUUAAAUAUAUUAUAACCCUUAUAGUACUGUAAAAUUAUGAUUUGUGCGUAGAAUAUACAAAUAAACUGCGUUCGUAAAAA